AUGGCGGCUUCAGACAUCCAGAACCUCCCAGCUCCAAUUGAGUCCAAGUCGGCCAAGAAGAAGAAGGCGAAGGGUCAGGCGGAGCGCACCGAGUCCCCGGCGCCCAGUGCCCCCACCCCCGAGAAGGCCGGCUCCGUUGCCGCCGGUGAUGCCCAGGACGACGGCGACAACGCCCACAUCCGUGAUUUGCAAAAGAGCAUCCGCAACAUCACCAAGAAAAUUACCAGCACUGCCAAGAUUGAUGCGAUUAUCGCCGAGCACCCCGGCAAGUCCCUCGACGACCUUGUAGCCACCAAGGUCAUCAAUGCCGAUCAAAAGGCCGCCCACCUCAGGAAGCCUGGCCUGCAGGCCCAGCUGUUCCAGCUCGAGGAGCAGCUUGCGCAGCACAAGAAGGUCGCCCGGGAAUACUUGGCUCGCCUUGCCGAGCAGGAGAAGGCUCUGACGGAGAAGUUCGAAAAGGAGAAGGCGGAUGCGGUCGCCGAGCUCACAGAGAAGGCCGAUGCAGAUGCCCAGACAGCUCUGCACGACAACUUUCUCAUUCUCUCGCAGUUCCUCCGCCUGGCUGCCGCGCGCCGCGUCGAGGAUGCCGACAGCACGUCUGACGAGAGCCAGGCUCUCGAAGGCGUCCUGCUCCACAUCUACUCGGGUGACGAGAACGCCGUUGCCACCAUGCUGAAGCUGGUGCAGGGUGCGGAUGAGCAGACGCGCAGCACUACCGGCGAGACGCUGCAGACGACCUUCGCCCAAGUCAAACAGGCUGCCAUCGCCCACGCUGCCUCCUUCACCCAGACCGAUCCGACUUCCCAGCCGGCCGAGCCGACUGAGUCCCCGCCGAUUGAGUCUGACGCGGUCGAAUCCAAGCAGGAGCCCGAGACCGAUCCCACGGUCGCCAACGCCUCCCUGACCGAGGUCGACGAUGGCAGCGCUACCGUCCUCACUAACGGGCAUGUCCAGGAGGCUUUAGUCUCUUCGAGCAGCACUGCGCACAGCAACACGGACGUUGCCGACGACGCCGCCAACGCCGCGGGCGAGAGUCAGUGGGACACGGGCAACGAGACAUCGCCAACCUCAACGCAAGAGUGGGUCGAUGUAAAGAUCCCUCGCGAGCCCAGCGAGACGGAGACAGGCCUGACGGCCACGCCCGCUGCGCCGUCCAACACGCAGUCUUGGGCAGAUGAUCACCCAGAGGCUGAGGCUAUCCCGUCCGGUCCUGCCGAUGAUGGCUUCCAGUCAGUGCCGGGCCGCCAUCGCGGCAAUCGCGAAGGUGGCUGGCGCGGCCGCGGCGGUUACCGUGGUCGUGGCGGAUUCCGGGGCGAAGGUCGCGGUCGCGGCCGUGGUCGUGGUGGUCCGCGCGGCAACGGCGGCAUGGGCCCUCGUCGUGGCGGCGAUGAGCAGCACUAG